GUGCAAUCGCGAGCGGCGGGGGCCGGCGGCACCGCCCGGAGCCCGGCACCGGGGGGGAGGGAGGCGGCAGCUCCCGCCCGCCCCGCGCCUCCCUCCGUGGCCGCCCCGCCGCGCCGGGGAUGCGGCAGCCGCCGGGCACCGCCGGGCCCCGGACCCCAUGGGAUGCGCCCGCCGUCGCCUGGCUGGUGUAGGAUUUUGGCGGAGCUGGCCAUGAUGUUAUGGUUCGUGGUGGGGGCCCUGUUCCCAGCGCUGCUCCUGGCCGCCCCACCGCCCAUAAACAAGCUCGCCCUCUUCCCAGACAAGAGUGCCUGGUGUGAGGCCAAGAACAUCACCCAGAUCGUGGGGCACAGCGGCUGCGAGUCCAAAUCCAUCCAGAACAGGGCCUGUCUGGGACAGUGCUUCAGCUACAGCGUCCCCAACACCUUCCCCCAGUCCACAGAGUCCCUGGUUCACUGCGACUCCUGCAUGCCAGCCCAGUCCAUGUGGGAAAUUGUGACACUGGACUGCCCAGGCAACGAGGAGAUCCCCAGGGUGGACAAGCUGGUGGAGAAGAUCCUGCACUGCAGCUGCCAGGCCUGUGGGAAGGAGCCGAGCCACGAGGGAGCCCUGUUCAACGUGUACCUGAACGCUGAGGAGAACAUGCCCCACGAGGGGCCCGCGCCCCACCACUACCCCCACCACCAGCAGGAGCUGGAGGAGCCACCAGCCUCCAGCCACCACCACCACGAGGAGGAGGGCGAGGAGUGACCCGUGUGGACUGUCCUGGCAGGGCUGUGCGAGGGCUGGGGCCGGGCUUUGGGGAGGGAGGGGGGUGCUGGAGUCUUUCCUGUCAAAUCGCUGCCCUCGCGUCACCCCCGACACCGCGGGGCACAGGCAGGGCUGAGGCUGGAGCUGCAGGCUGAGACACGAGGGCUCGGCCUUCCCGGAUGCACAUAAUAAUAAUAAUAAUGAUAAUAUAUUGAGAGGAGUGGCACGAGGGGCUCUGGCUGAGAGCAGGGGCUGGGCUGGGCUGGCGGGGCUCUCUGCAGACCCCCAGCCCUGGGGGCAGCCCUCUGAGUCCUGCUGGGUUCUCCUCAUGCCCAGCGUGGAGGAGGAAGGGAAGCAGCCUCUCCACAGUCCCAGGAGGGACCCACAUCUCUCUGGGGUGGUGGGAUCAGCAGCAACCCUCCUGCCUCCUCUCCCCCUGCCUGCCCACAAGGGCUCAGUGUGGACAUGCUCCUGGCAUCCACUGGAUCUUGGUCCGAGCCCAACCCUUUGUAUCAGGUGGCUCUUGGGGAGGGUUUUGCCCCAGGAUGUGCCUCUGGAGCUGUACGUGAGGGCACUGGGAACCAUGGUGGUGACAACCCUUACCUUGCUGUCCCCAGGACCACCACGUUGCUCCCUGGGGGUGAGGAACUUGGAUCAUGAGUGCUGGGGCUUCACGUUUUGGGGCUGCAGGGGAAGGCCAAGAGCUGAGGGGAAUCCGGGGCAGGUUCCACCCCUGUCCCCCCUCUCCCUGCUGAACUUUCAUGGUGGUGGAGGGAGAAGGGGCCGAGGGCUGGAACGUCCCUGUGCACGGAGUGUUUGGGCAGGGCUGGGGGUCGGGGUGGGCACGGCCUCUGCUGCCCCCCUCUCUCUGUUGUAUAAAGCUGAUUCCUUGGUGUUGUCCCGACAAAAGCUUCCAGAGCUUGUAAUCGAAUGCCUCCCCCUCCUUUUGACAAGUUUUGGGGUUUUUUUUCUUAAAUAAAUUAGUUCCGACUUCCACCGCUCA